AUGCUCCGUCAGACCGCGCGCGCCCUCAAGGGGCUUGCCGAACCUCGGCCCAGCCAACAACGAGCUCUCACGACCGUCCAAAGGGCCUCUGUGACGGCGCGGCGCAACAGCCCAACCACCAACGUCAGGAAUCAGUCGACUACAGCUGCCCCAACACCUACUGCGACCGAGGCACGGCCGAAGCCUAGCCCAUCAUUCAAUGCUGCGCCAAAAGACCGAAGCCAUGUUCAGCCCCUCGUCAACCCUCGGAAGAACGACAUGGACGAAUCGUUCAUUGGGAAGACUGGAGGAGAGAUUUUUCACGAGAUGAUGCUCAGGCAUGGCGUGAAGCACAUCUUCGGGUACCCUGGUGGUGCCAUCCUCCCCGUGUUCGAUGCGAUUUACAACUCGCCCCAUUUCGACUUUAUCCUCCCGAGACACGAGCAAGGCGCCGGUCACAUGGCUGAGGGCUAUGCCCGCGCGUCUGGAAAGCCUGGUGUUGUGUUGGUGACGUCGGGUCCCGGCGCUACCAACGUCGUUACCCCGAUGGCCGAUGCUCUCGCUGAUGGCACGCCAAUGGUGGUCUUCUCCGGCCAGGUCGUCACCUCUGCAAUUGGGAGCGAUGCGUUUCAAGAAGCAGACGUGAUCGGCAUUUCCCGGGCGUGCACGAAGUGGAACGUGAUGGUCAAGAGCGUUGCCGAACUGCCCCGGAGGAUUAACGAGGCCUUUGAGAUUGCCACCAGCGGAAGGCCCGGCCCGGUUCUCGUUGAUCUUCCAAAGGAUAUCACAGCUGGUGUUCUCCGGAGAGCCAUUCCCACCGAAUCCGCCAUUCCUACCAUCCCCAGCGCCGCGUCCCGUGCCGCCCUUGAGCUUUCCCAAAGGCAGCUGAACGCCUCAAUUCGCCGCGUUGCCGACCUCAUCAACAUUGCAAAGAAGCCUGUCAUCUAUGCCGGCCAAGGCGUCGUUUGCUCGGAGGGCGGCCCGGAACUGCUCAGGGCUCUGGCGGAUAAGGCCUCCCUCCCGGUCACCACCACCCUGCACGGCCUCGGCGCAUUCGAUGAAUUGGACGAGAAGUCGCUGCACAUGUUGGGUAUGCACGGAGCCGCCUAUGCCAACAUGGCAAUGCAAGAGUCAGAUCUAAUCAUUGCACUUGGUGGGCGCUUCGAUGACCGUGUGACCGGCAGCGUUGCCAAGUUCGCCCCGGCCGCCCGGGCUGCUGCCAAGGAAGGACGCGGCGGCAUCAUCCACUUCGACAUCCUGCCAAAGAACAUCAACAAGGUUGUUCAGGCGACCGAGGCCCUCGAGGGUGACAUCGCCGCCAAUCUGAAGCUGCUCCUGCCACACGUAGAGGCCAAGACCAUGGCCGACAGGAAGGAGUGGUUCGGCCAGAUCAACGAGUGGAAGAAGAAGUGGCCCCUCAACCACUAUGAGCGGGCCGAGCGCACGGGCUUGAUCAAGCCGCAGACGCUUAUUGAGGAGCUGAGCAACCUGACGGCUGACCGGAAGAACGAUACGUACAUUUCAACCGGCGUCGGCCAGCACCAAAUGUGGGUGGCUCAGCACUUCCGGUGGCGCCACCCGCGGUCCAUGAUCACGUCCGGCGGCCUCGGUACUAUGGGCUAUGGCCUGCCGGCUGCCAUCGGCGCCAAGGUGGCCAAGCCCGACUCUCUGGUCAUCGACAUUGACGGUGAUGCCUCGUUCGCCAUGACCCUGACUGAGCUGUCGACAGCCGCGCAGUUUAACAUUGGCGUCAAGGUCAUUGUGCUCAACAACGAGGAGCAGGGCAUGGUUACGCAAUGGCAGAACCUGUUCUACGAGGACCGCUACUCGCACACCCACCAGAAGAACCCGGAUUUCAUGAAGCUGGCGGAUGCUAUGGGUGUGCAGCACAGGCGCCUGGUUAAGCCGGACGAGACCGUCGAGGCCCUCAAGUGGCUGAUCAACACGGAUGGGCCGGCCCUGCUUGAGGUUGUCACCGACAAGAAGGUGCCUGUCCUUCCCAUGGUUCCUGCCGGGUCUGCUUUGCACGAGUUUAUUACCUGGGAUAGUGCCAAGGACAAAGAGAGGCGAGAGCGGAUGCGGGAACGGACCGGCGGUCGUCACGGCUAA